GUAAUUUUGGCUUUUUAGUACCCCUCAUUUUAGUUAAGUCAAAUCAUAAUAACAAACUGUCUGCCAGUUAAUAACUUUUAAAAUAAAAUUAACAAUUCCCCUACUUUCCUGAAUUUCAAUUUUGAGUUAUUCCAAAAAAAAGAAAAAUAUCGAAAGACAAAAUUUUCAAAAAUGACCGUUGACAGAAAAACUUUUACGUCAUUUAGCAUCUGCGACAUUCUAUCUAAAAACUACUCGAAAGAAAGUUUGAGCCACAACUCGGCACUUGUUGACACGACUAGCAAUGUUACCCCAAAUGCGACGGGCACAGAACCUUCCGAGGCUCUUCAGAUUAAAACCGAGAUAAUCAAAUCCGAAUACGACGACGACGUGAACACAUCAGACGAACUCUCAAUCGACGGCGAGACAAACGGAAAUGAGGAGGACACUUUGAGCACGCAGGAUCUCGGAAGUGAUUUUGAGGACGAUUCGGAACUUCCGACGGGAUCAAAAACAGAAUCGGGCGAAACUUCCGAAGAGUCGAAGAAAAAUGACAAACCUCCGUUCAGUUACAACGCUUUAAUCAUGAUGGCAAUCCGCAGCUCACCCGAAAAACGACUGACUCUAAAUGGGAUUUACGAGUUCAUCAUCAAGAACUUCCCUUAUUACAAAGAAAAUAAGCAAGGAUGGCAGAAUUCUAUUCGUCAUAAUCUGUCGUUAAAUAAAUGUUUCGUUAAAGUACCCAGACAUUAUGACGACCCAGGCAAGGGAAAUUACUGGAUGCUGGAUCCUUCAGCCGACGAUGUCUUCAUCGGAGGAACAACCGGAAAGUUACGACGACGAUCUUCUGGAAACCGAAAUCGCUUGGCGUUUAGACGACCGAUUGGCUUCUCGGCACCGUACCCGUACCCUAACGGGUUCCAUCCCCCUAUUUUCCCCCAUAGUCCGGGAUUCGGUCCUGUAAAUCCGCUGAUUCCGGGACACCUACACCUGAUGCCACCUCAGAUGGCUCUUCCCAAACUCUCACCUCAGGAGAUUUCACCAAACGGUGUUCCGGAAAUGCACCAGCAGACUUCGCCGACAUUCAAUGGUUUUGCGCCAAACCCUGCCGCAACUUUUCUUGCCAAUCCCGCGCUUCUCGCAACACUAUCGCGGCUUCCAAACUUUAACCCCGCAAACAUGGGCGUAUCUGCGGCUCUUUUACAGUCUAUUGGAGCUAUCAACACUUCAAACAGCGGCAGCCAAAUGAACAUCAAUCAAUUUCUGAAGCCGAAAACUUUUUAAAACUAAACUGAAUUUUAUUUAUUAACUGACUCUUUAAUUUUUCCUUUUGAGUUCUCUCAAUUCGGUGCUAUUUUCAAAUUAAUUUAUUUUCCUUUAAUCACUUCGCCAUUACAGUAAGAAUUUUGUUUCACAUUUUCUAAUUUUGCUCUUCCAUAAGCACGAGCUUAAUUUAUUUGCACACAUCUGCCACGGAGUAAUUACCUGAUGAGUUGUACUAUUUUCUGAUGUCAAUGUAUUGGCCAUUAAUUAUCUCUUAGUUUAUAAAUUUAUAUCAAUCAAA